UACAAUGAAGAAGGCUGGUCUCCCAGAUAUAACACGUGGGAACCGGAGGAGAAUAUCCUGGAUCCCCGGCUGCUGAUUGCCUUCCAGAACAGAGAAAGGCAGGAGCAGCUGAUGGGAUAUCGGAAGCGAGGGCCCAAGCCCAAGCCGCUGGUGGUGCAGGUACCCACCUUUGCCCGACGGUCCAACGUGCUCACGGGGCUCCAAGACUCCUCGGCUGACAACCGUGCCAAGCUAGAGCUGGGCGCGCAGGGCAAGGGGCACCAGUAUGAGCUCAACAGCAAGAAGCACCACCAGUACCAGCCUCACAGCAAGGAGCGGUCGGGCAAGCCCCCGCCGCCCGGCAAGAGCGGCGGCAAGCACUACUAUCAGCUGAACAGCAAGAAGCACCACCCCUACCAGCCGGACCCCAAGAUGUACGACCUGCAGUACCAGGGAGGCCACAAGGAGGCGCCCAGCCCCACCUGCCUGGACCUGGGCGCCAAGAGCCACCCGCCGGACAAGUGGGCGCACGGCGCGGCGGCCAAGGGCUACCUGGGGGCCGUGAAGCCCCUGUCCGGAGGGGCCGCGGGCAAGGGCUCGGAGAAGGGCCUCCCCAACGGGCUGCCGCCCGCCCCCAAGGAGGCCGUGGCGGGCAAUGGGAUCGGGGGCAAGAUGAAGAUCGUGCGGAACAAGAACAAGAACGGGCGCAUUGUGAUCGUGAUGAGCAAGUACAUGGAGAACGGCAUGCAGGCGGCCAAGAUCAAGUCGGGCGAGGAGGGCGAGGCGCGCGCCCCCGGCCACAAGAAGCGCGCCCCCGACGAGCGGCACCCCCCGGCCGACAGGACCUUCAAAAAGGCGCCGGUCGGGGCGGAGGAGAAGAAGGCGGAGGCCCCCGGCAAGAGGCGGGGCGAGGAGGACUACUGGCCUCUAUCGGGGCGCCAGGCCGUGGAGGAGCUCCAGCAGUUCCUCCUGGCCCUGCCUACGGCCCCUUGGGGUGGGCUUCGGAAAGGGGUGUUUAAUGUUCUCAGUCUUCUAGGGGGACCCUGGCCCGAUAGCCCCUCUCACUGCCAGGGUGGACAACCUCCCGAAGAGGCUGCCCUGCCGCCCCGUGGUUUGCGGAUGAAAGCCAACGGUGGUGGAGGGAAGAAGGCCUGGGCUGUGGAAAGUCUGGGGAUGGGAGUUACGGAGCUGCAAGCUGAAAAUCCAAGGAGACAGCUGAGGGAGCAGCGGAGUGGAAGGCAGGAGCUCCGGGGACGGCGUCUCCUCUCCGCCACUGCUUCCACCUCCCGGCCCGCAGGACAGGACAGCACAGAGCAGCACAUGCCCACCUUCUGGACAGGGGAGGGGGUUCUGCGGCACAGUGUGAAGGACCGCACCUGGACGGAUGGACUUGGUAAAGCAGCCCCCCGUGUUCUCGGACCCUCUGAUGGAGCCCGGGAGCCGGGGAGGUGCUCCUUCACUGGGCAUCCCUCUGCUGCGUUCCCACCGCCCGCCCCGCACUGCCUGGCCACUUCCCUACCCCCCCCACUCCCCCCACCCGGUGGCAUCCUGUCGUGGCCCGCCGGCCUGCACACCCGACGUCGCUGGAGGGGGUCUGAGUGA